AUGUCGAGCUCAUCGAACACUAAGUCCUCCUAUGGUACAGCCAUGAGCACAAACUGGAGCCGCAGGAAAGAAAGAGAAAGAGGGUUUCCUAGAUUUUGUAAGAAAUGUGGAGCAGGCUUUGUGAUCUAUACUUCAAAAACCACCAAGAACCCAGGAAGGCUUUUCCAUGGUUGUCCUAAUGGUAGUGAAGAGGAUAAAAAUCAUCUGUUUAAAUGGACAGAUGAAGCAGCUGUAGAAGAAAUUGAGGAUAUGAAGAGCUUGUUUGAUGAAAAGUUCGGCCAUUUCGAGCUUCAAAAUCAGAGAUGCGAAGAUCUAAUAAAAAGCUAUGACAAAAAGAUUGAAGAUUUGACUGAUGCUUUAACUGGAUUUGGGAAUGAGAUAAAAGAGAUGAAAGAGUUGGUUCAUGGGUAUGAGAAAGAUGUGAAGACCUUGAAAAAGAUGGUAAUUUGUGGAGUUGGAAUGAUGAUUGGGUAUUACUAUUUUGCUAUGUAG